CAGAAGGACACCUCGCCGACCUCCAUUCCCCCCGAACCGCAAAGCGGAGUCCGGAUUGCAGUUGCUUCGGCCCAUCCGGCCGUCACAUCAGCCACACGCCGCCGCGCCAGUCGCCGCACGAGGGGGCCCGUGAUGCCGAAGAAGAUGGGCGUGAACUCCAAGGCGGAGGCGGCCCGCGACCGCCGCUCCGCCGCGGAGGCCGACCGCCGCGACCGCCAGGAGCGCGCCAAGGAGGAGCAGUACUGGGCCGAGGCUGAGGGCCCCAAGUCCCGCGCUGCGCGCCGCCGUGAGGAGGACGCCGAGAAGCGCGCCGAGGCCGCGGCUCGCAAGGCCGAGAACCGCCGCCUCGCCGAGGCAGAGGCCGCCGCCGUCGCCGCUUCCGCAUCGGCGCCGUCCAAGGCCGCCGCGCGCAAGGCGUCCCGCGUUGCCGCUCCGCCCCCCAAGGUUACCGAGGCCGAGCUCGUGCGCCUCCGCGAGGAGGAGCGGCUCCGCCUCGAGCGGGAGGCAGAGGCCGCCAAGAAGCGCGCCGCGCGGGUCGCCGAGGAGGAGGAGUACGAGCGCGUAGUCCUCGUCGAAAACACUAACAGGGAUGAUUCCCUCAUCGAGGCCAGGUCGGUUGAGGAGGCUAUCGCGCGGAUGUCGGUCGUGGAUCCGCAGGCGUCCCUGCCCGCUGACAAGCAUCCUGAGCGUCGCCUCAAGUCGACCUUUAAGGCAUUUGAAGAGGCAGAGCUCCCUAAGCUGAAGGAAGAAAAGCCAGGUCUAACGCUGCACCAAUACAAAGACAUGAUAUGGAAACUGUGGAAGAAGUCCCCAGACAACCCUCUUAACCAGGCUGCUGACUGAAUUUUGCAACCCUACUGAAUCUUAUGUAAAGGCCAACCUUCAAACAGCACUGGAUUGGUGAAUUGUGUUGGUACCUUUUUCUUGGAGUGGAUGCGCACCAAACCUUGAAUCAGAAAGGUGUUCCAGUCUCGGCUAAUAAUUUCCAAAUCACUGGAGUGUAUACUGUGGGAGGUGCUCUUGUUUAGACUCGACUAGUCGAGUUUCCUUUUUGUGUUUAGUAUGAUGGUUGGGCACGUGCUGGUACCGAACGUGCUUCACUCAUUAUAGUAUUUUGAUUCUUGAACAAAUUGUGUGUUGGGCUAAACCAUGAUAUAUCUAUCCAUUGAGUUACGAAGGCCGCCU